CUCUGUGGGAGCGCGGAUAAACGGAUUUGCUGUGUUGUAGUGAUAGCUGAGUGUUUAGCAACAAUAUCGAUUUGUUUAACAUUUUAAAAUCUACUUUAGAAUGAGUCUGUCUCUAAGAACUGAGCUUGCAGUAGACAAAAAUAAGCGCAAGAAGAGGAGAGAGCUAACAGAGGAUCAGAAACAUGAAAUCAAAGAAGCUUUCGAGUUGUUCGACACUGACAAAGAUAAAGAAAUCGACUACCACGAGCUGAAGGUGGCGAUGCGUGCGCUCGGCUUUGAAGUGAAGAAAGUGGAUGUUUUGAAGAUUCUUAAAGACUAUGACAGAGAGGGAAAUGGCAAAAUAACAUUUGAGGAUUUCAAUGAAGUUGUGACUGAUCGCAUCCUGGAGCGAGACCCAAAGGAGGAGAUCAUGAAGGCCUUCAAGCUGUUUGAUGAUGAUGAAUCAGGAAAGAUCAGUCUGAGGAACUUGAGACGAGUAGCUCGAGAACUUGGCGAGAACAUCAGCGACGAGGAGCUGCGCAGUAUGAUCGACGAGUUUGACACCGACGGAGACGGUGAAAUAAAUCAGGAGGAGUUCCUCUCCAUCAUGACGGGCGACUCCUGAUGAAGAGUUCUGGCUUGGAUCGAUCGUCUGUAUUGUGAGAAGCUGAGUGACUGAACAUCUGUGCAUGAAGGUGAGCAUAAGAUCCAGCAGUGUCAGCUUCCUGCAGAGGGUCUGAAGUGGACUUUAAGUACUCAUUGGCCUUGUGGUUUAUACUUGAUCCAUUACAUGAAAGGACCGGACUGUCUGAAAAGUUCUCUGUGGAGUCCGUCAGUCCCUCCUGAAGACGAAGCUGUUGAUAUCAUGCAGCUCUUUUAUUUGUGUGUUGUGGACGUUUCCGUGUUUCUGUCUUAAUAAACCUGCUGCAAAUUCACCUCAAACGUGUCUCAAAGGACAUUUCAGACUUCAUCUGAUGUUGUUGGUCCUGUUGAUUGUAUUCAAGCUCUGAUGUUCACCUUGUUGUCAGCUGUUGGAGGCAAAAGGGACAAAUUUUAUUGUUCAUUCCUGAAGUGACUCUUUGAUUCUGUGUGUCUUUAUAUUCUUGAGGAGAAAAAAAUUUGACAUUAGUUAACACACAAGCAUACUGUAGAUGACCAUUUUUGAGUGGUUGUUUUUGCCAUUUGCAUAACAUAUACGUUUGAAUGUGCUAUUUAUUUUGUACAAAAUAAAUCGGUUUGCCGGCAAA